AUGUCACCACCGGAUGCAAAGAUCUUUGUCCGAAACUUGCCGUCCGACAUCAAAGAAAAGGAGGUGAAGUACAUUUUCAGCAAGUAUGGCGCGGUGCGCAGUGCUGAUGUCAUCAUGUGGCCUGGCUUGCCAUCACUUUGCCCAAAUGGCAGUCUUGCCCCGCUGGAGAUCUCGCUUGCGAAUCGCCAGAAGAUAGACUGGCAGGCAUGCGCCUUUAUCACUUACAGUACGGCCGAUGCGGCGGCCGUGGCCAUCCGUGCGCUGAACGGCGUCUAUCGACCCCGUAGCUCCUCCCCGGAACCUUUGGUGGUCAUGCUCGCGAGACCUGGCGCGUUGCCAGAUCCAGUUCAGUCUGGUUUGAUGCCUCCACCUGCAGAGGAUCAGGUUGCGCUCUUGAUUGGAGCAGAUAAGGGCGGCAAUUUCUCGAGCAGCACAGCUCAAAUGGCAUCCGCAACAGCUUCAUAUGUUGCAGAAAAGACUCGCUGCAAACUCUUUGUGGGCAAUUUGCAUGCGGAGAUCCCGCGGGAACGGCUCAGUCAGGUCUUUGGAGAGUGCGGCAGAGUCGUCAAUGUGCACGUAAUGACAGGAAAAUCCAAGUUUGGCAGCGCGUGUGCUUUUGUGGAAAUGGCUACUCCAGCAGAAGCCGAAAGUGCUUUGAAGGCGCUUCAUCAGAAAUACGAGCCCAGGAUCGGGUCCAUGACGGCGCCGGUGACGGUGACCUAUUUUCAGUCUCAAAGCAGUGGCAAAGCUGCUCAGACGCUGGCAGGACCCGCUGCUGGCUUUUCAAGUGGAGGCUUUUCCAGGUACACUCCGUACCAGGUCUGA